AUAUUAAAGAUAAAAAAAAGUUUACAUCUCCGGAGAAAAGAAAAAAAUGUUAUGAUGAACCGCACUUAGUUAUAGAAAGAAAAAGACCGCACUUAAUUAUAUAGUCCUUUUCCAUAAAAUAAAAAUAAUUUGUACACUCCUCACACAACCCCAGACCGCCCAUUAUUACACGGAGAAAUAACUAAGUCAGCUGACGUGGCAAAAGAACUUUGCAAAGAAAAAAAAAAAAAGUGUUCUUUCUCCGAUACAGAAACGAGACAAAAACAAAAGAGAGAAAAAUUCGCCGGAGAAAACGAGACUCAGCGAUCUCUCCAAUCUGGCAUUCUGUCUCCCCGGACAUACUCUUCCAUUCUUCCCUUCUCUUGCCACGUAUACACCCCAACUGUCUCUGUCUCUCUCUCUCUCCGGCUUCCGUACAUUCACUGCGCUUCACUUGUCCGGCGACUCAACAUGUGGUGUUAAAAUAGUGAAGAGAUUUUAUAUGAUUUGAUGAAUGGAGCUAUGGCUGAUUCCUCAUCAUCAGUUGGUGUAAAAGAUAAUAAGCUAUGGAAAGGGGUUUUCGCUGUCUCCGGAAUCAUGUCCACUCUUGUGAUCUACGGUGUCCUACAGGAAAAGAUAAUGAGAGUCCCAUAUGGGGUAAACAAGGAGUUUUUCAAGUAUUCACUAUUUCUUGUUUUCUGUAACCGCAUUACAACCUCUGCUGUUUCUGCUGCUGUUCUUUUGGCGAGUAAAAAAGCAUUGAAUCCUGUUGCUCCAAUUUAUAAGUACUGUCUCAUUUCAGUAUCCAACAUAUUAACCACUACAUGCCAGUAUGAGGCCCUCAAAUACGUCAGCUUUCCUGUUCAGACACUUGCUAAGUGUGCCAAAAUGAUUCCUGUCAUGAUCUGGGGCACUGUCAUCAUGCAAAAGAGAUACAAGGGAAUGGACUACUUGUUGGCUUUUCUCGUUACUUUGGGUUGUUCAGUAUUUAUUCUCUUUCCGGCAGGAACUGAUAUCAGUCCAUACAGCAGAGGAAGGGAAAAUACUGUUUGGGGCGUCUCCCUAAUGCUUGGUUAUCUUGGGUUUGAUGGUUUUACAAGCACGUUCCAAGACAAGCUAUUUAAAGGUUAUGAUAUGGAAAUACACAACCAAAUUUUCUACACUACAGUUUGCUCUUGUAUUCUCAGUUUCACAGGGCUCUUAAUACAAGGACAUUUACUUCCGGCCAUAGAUUUUGUUUAUCGCCAUAAUGAUUGUUUCUUUGACAUUGCAUUGCUUUCCACUGUAGCAACUGGUAGUCAAUUCUUUAUUUCUUAUACAAUUCGAACAUUCGGUGCUCUAACUUUUGCUGCCAUAAUGACCACAAGACAGUUGGUGAGCAUCAUGCUGUCAUGUGUGUGGUUUUCACAUCCUCUGAGCUGGGAACAAUGGAUUGGAGCAGUUAUUGUCUUUGGUUCUCUGUAUGCAAAGAACUUCUUGAAAGGUGGAUCUCCAAGGCCCCCGCCAUCAGAAGAACAUACAGAAAAUGGAGCUUCCACUCCAACGAAGCUGAAUCCUUGAUGUCAGAGUGUUAAAAGUAUUUCAACUCAGUACCGCCGCCUUUAACUUUUUACGCCGAGUCGACAAUGAUUCCAAGUUUAGUAGUGAUGAUUUUACCCUAAUCUUGAUAGCAACCCUACUGCAUCAUUUCUGAAAUAGUAGCUGCAAUGUAGUUGAUAGUAUUGGAAAAGGAAAUAUUUUAUGAAAUCCCAUUUUUGUUUAGGAUGAUAAUUAUAGAUUUUGACCUAAUGAACUAAAUUUUUUAUUUUUAUUUUUAAAUUCUUUUUUCAUAUUAUAAAAGGCUAUAAGAAAACAUGUAUAAUGCAAUUGGCUGAUUUGGAAUUUUCGUUUCUUGUGUGCUC